AGGAACACACAGUUCUCCACCUUCAGUCAUGGUUCUGCAAAACCCCUCGGUGACAGACAGACUGAAGAGAUGGAAUGGCUGAUGGCAGAGGAAGCAAGGAAUGGGACAUGGGUCCGGGAGUUUAUCCUUGAGGGGUUCCCUGUGGACGAGCACCUGAGGAUCCUUUUCUUCCUGGUGCACUUGCUGGCCUACUUGGCCUCCCUCAUGGGCAACACCCUCAUAAUUAGCAUCACUUGCAUGGACCAUCGAUUACAGACGCCCAUGUACUUCUUCCUCAGCACCUUCUCCUUUGUGGAGUGUUGCUUUAUAACUACAGUUAUCCCCCAGCUGCUGGCCAUCUUUCUGUCAGGGAGGCAAACCAUCUCCUUUGUGGCCUGCUUCACACAGGCCUUUGUCUUUUUUUUCCUCGGGGCAACUGUUUUUUUCCUCAUGGCUGUCUUAUCCCUGGACCGUUAUCUGGCCAUCUGCAAACCUCUACAUUAUCCAACCAUCAUGAAUCCAAGGAUGUGCUUCCUUCUUGGGACUGUCUGCUUGGUUUUGGGAUUCCUCUUCAUGUCUGGUCCAGUUGUGAUGCUUUCCCAGUCAUCCUACUGUGGCCCCAACGUUAUUCCUCACUUUUUCUGUGAUUUUGGGCCACUGGCAAAUCUCUCCUGUUCAGAUACCAGGUCUGUUGAGAUGCUGUUUUUCAACCUUGCUUUAAUUGUGCUUUUUUCUUCCCUCCUGAUAGCUAUCUUUGCAUACAGCAACAUAGUGGUCACAAUAGUGCGUCUCCCUUCGGCCAGGGAGCGACAGAGAGCUUUCUCCACCUGUUCCUCUCAUCUCAUUGUCCUCUCUCUGAUGUAUGGCAGCUGUGUAUUUAUAUACAUGAAGCCAAAGCAGACAAGCAGGCUGGACACCAACCGAGAGGCUGCUCUUGUGAACACGGUAGUGACACCCCUUCUGAACCCUGUCAUCUACACCCUGAGAAACAAGCAGGUCCACCAGGCUCUGAGGGACACACUGUCCAGGGUUCAAUUACACAGAUAUCAGAGGGGCAAUGCACCUUCCCUUUGACUUAGUCUAACAUCUUUAUAAUUUUAUUUAAAUGUUCUAUAUAAAUCAUCAGGUAUGUUAUCAAAUCCUGCUUAUUUUUUAUAACAAUGGCUGAUGUAUCCAUAUGAAGGCAUUAAUAAUCUUGUGAUGAAAAAAAUCUUUCUAUAUCUGCUUUGGUGGCAAUUAAGACCAAAGCCUCCUAUAUAUUACAUGCAUAUUACAGCUUCUACAACGUGUGUGCAGUUAUCCACACAUUUAUUUGAUGUGUGGUUUUGUCUGAUUUCAGGUUUCAUCUUUUAGUGAUGGAGGAACAGAUAGAGACUGGGACUAGAGUCGGGAAUGGAGAAUCAAUCUCAUGAGUACCAAGAAUUUAAAAUUUAUGAUGACAGAUUUAUGUUAUCAUCAUACCAACAUUUGCAUGACUCAUAAACAAUAACUGUCAUGACAUUCAUAAUAAUUUACACCACUUACUGCAAUUAUUUCCAAUAAAGAAUAUUUGUGUAUAAACAGACAUCAUUACUCCUCCAGUUUUCACUGCGAUGUAAAGCAUUGAAAUAAAAAGUUCCCAUUGCUGUCACUCGUUUACCAGGCUGCAUUCACUCUUAACCCCUAAAUGCAAGAACCAACAAAAGGCCACAGGAAUUAUGGAUUGUUAAGCAGACUAGAGUUGUAUGUUGGUCUCCAUGCUGGGGAAAUGCAAAUACUUCAGAAGAAAUUUCCUCAGAGGUGAAAGAAGUCUAACUGUAAUGUUAGAAUAUAAUUUUGAGACACAAUUAUGGACGAGGUCAGUCAUCCAACUUAGCACUAAGACAAAAUGUAUCUAUUGAUCAAUCAUGUGUCACGAGACAAGCUGAAUAGAAAGCAAGAAGGAAAACACCUUUGUCCUACUUAGUUUUCCUGUCAAGUUGACCCUCAGAUGAGGAAUGGCAGCCAUCAGAUGGAUGUGGGUAUGACUGUGGAGCAUUUUCUAAAUUGUUGACUGACAUGUGAGGUCCCAGAACUCCUGGGCUGUGCUAGUCUCUUCCCCAUGGCAAGUGGGCCUGGGCUGUCUGGGAAAGGCAGCUGACUGUGACCAGAGGAGUAAGCCAGCACGUCACAGCCUUCUGCCAUUUCCACUUCAAGCUCCUGCCUUGGGUUCGUUCCCUGUCUUCCCUUAAUGAAGUGUAACUUGGAAGCCAAAUAAACCCUUUUC